AUGAUAUCACCCGAUGACUCGGGAAAUGAGAGCAAUGCUUUUCCAAUGCUCCCCAGUUUCCUUCGAGACUUGAUGUCUAUAAGAAGGGAUAAUGCGCUAAUUCGUGAUUUUGAGCGUGUUUUUUCCUUAGACAAUAGGUGUCCUAACGGUGCUGUGCAGUGCUACAGGGCUAAGCAGAAGGUUGACACCACUCGUGACGCUACUCUUGACGCGUCUGACGGGCUCAAGGAAGAUGCAUUAUUAUCAGUUUCAAAUGGUAACAAAAAAGAACAAAGAGAUGCUCAGAGCCAAAAAAAUGUGCCGAACUCCGUAGCCCUCCCUGACGUUGACUAUGUUAUUCAAAGUUCUAAAAGGUGCGCUGAGGUGGAGAUGAUGUGUGAGGAUAUUGCUAAGGAAAUCGUUGAAAGCAGUGCGGAGCUUUACGCUUCUUGCUUAUUUGAUGCCAUGAAGUACAUUUACACGUCCUUCUCGGCUUGGGAUGAGUUGCGCGAGAUGGUGGCGCAUUCCUUUUUGACGCGCGAUUGCAGUGCAACGGGGCCGCCACGGCCUGACGGCGAGGGUGCCCCCCCCUCUUGCCCGACCAGUGCCCUCACCCUUUCCGCCGUGGAACAGCUUCGCCUGGCGGCGAGACCCGAACGGAAACGCGAGGACAAUGCUCAAUGGCUUCACGCGGGUAACCCACCGAGGCUGAUUCCCAUGGAUGAGUACUGUCGAUAUGUAGUGGAACGUCUAUCCCAGCCUUCUUGCUUUUCCUUUUCAUAUGAUAAGUCCGAGAGAAACACAAGUAAGAGGACGAUAUCGUAUGAAGCAAUGCAGACAGGUCUAUCUAGUAUGUUAUCACACCAUUUUGCCAGUGGUGACUGCAUUAAUUCCAGUAAAGUACCAGUUUUGAGCUCGGAAUCUGAUGGGGGUCGCACUAGUCAAGAGAGUGUUCCCAGCCUGAGUCGUGAGGUUCCAGAGUCUUCUUAUUUGCAUGUAAGGAAAAGCCCCAUGCGAGCACGAAGGAGUCUCAGUUCUUCUCCCCGAUUGCGAUCAGAUAAAUCGAACAGUCAGGCUGCACUCGCUGUAACAAAAUGGUCAGGCGACGGAACUAUACGAAUCUAUCCUUCUCUUCAUGACAAGCCUGCUCCUCCUAGCUCUCAACCUGGGAAAAGAACCACUGGGGCUGUUGCUCGGCGUGCCUAUGCUUCACGACCUUCUAAGACUAGCAGUACCCAUACCAACAGGAUAAAAGAUACGACGAGAGGUGCCUAUUAG